GCUGCGCUCCCCGCGCUCCCCCAAAGUGGCUGCGAGCCGGCCGCCCACUUCCAGGCUUUGGGGGCGCAAAGUGAUGCGCGCCUCCUAAAGCCGCGCCGAGCCGCAGCCCGAGCAGCUCCGCCUUCUCAACUUUCUCCCCCCCACCCCCCCACCUCCCCACCUCCCCACCUCCUCCUCCUCCUCCUCCUCCACCGGCGUCGUCCCGCGACCCUGCCCUUAACCCGCGCCGGAGCCACUCGGGGUGCGCGCGCCUGGGGGACGGGGUCACCGGCUGCCCGCCCGGGAUGGCUUCCAAUUUUAACGACAUAGUGAAGCAAGGGUACGUGAGGAUCCGGAGCAGACGCCUAGGGAUAUAUCAGCGAUGCUGGCUAGUAUUCAAGAAAGCUUCAAGCAAAGGUCCAAAAAGACUGGAGAAAUUUUCUGACGAACGUGCUGCAUAUUUUAGGUGUUAUCAUAAGGUUACAGAGCUCAACAAUGUGAAGAACGUAGCUCGGUUGCCAAAGAGCACCAAGAAACACGCCAUCGGGAUUUAUUUCAAUGAUGAUACCUCCAAGACCUUUGCUUGUGAAUCAGAUCUUGAGGCGGAUGAAUGGUGCAAAGUGCUCCAGAUGGAGUGUGUGGGCACGCGGAUCAAUGACAUCAGCCUCGGAGAGCCUGACUUACUGGCUACUGGGGUUGAGAGAGAACAGAGUGAGAGAUUCAAUGUGUAUUUGAUGCCAUCCCCUAACUUAGAUGUACAUGGCGAAUGUGCCUUGCAGAUUACAUAUGAGCACAUCUGUCUUUGGGACGUCCAGAAUCCCAGAGUCAAACUCAUCUCUUGGCCGCUAAGUGCCCUGCGGCGGUACGGGCGAGAUGCUGCUUGGUUCACUUUUGAGGCAGGGAGGAUGUGUGAAACUGGGGAAGGGCUGUUUAUCUUUCAAACACGAGAUGGAGAGGCCAUCUACCAGAAGGUCCACUCUGCUGCCUUGGCGAUAGCUGAGCAGCACGAGCGCUUGCUCCAGAGCGUGAAAAAUUCAAUGCUGCAGAUGAAGAUGAGCGAGCGGGCCGCCUCCCUGAGCACCAUGGUGCCCCUGCCCCGCAGCGCCUACUGGCAGCACAUCACGCGGCAGCGCAGCGCCGGGCAGCUCUGCCGCCUGCAAGAUGUCUCCAGCCCUCUGAAGCUUCAUCGGACAGAGACUUUCCCUGCCUACCGAUCCGAACACUGACAGGAGCUGCCGAGAACCUUCCUGUGACACUUGUGAAGUGUUGGCUGCUGCGGAGCCACCAGGAUGACAAUGAGGAAAGAAGCCACGAAGGAAAGAGGCUGAAAGUCCUGCCUGAUUGUGUGGUCAUUUGGGAAACUGCAAUGCAAUAUUUGUCUUUCUUUUCUUUUUUUCUUUCUUUUUUUUUAUUUUUAAAUCUUAGCGUGAUUGAAACAUGCUCUAUAGAUACCGACUUUUUGUUCCCUCUUUUACAGCUGGACAGAAAGGAGUCAGUGCCACAGAAUGAUUUUCUAUUGUAGAUACCGUGUCCCUUGCACUUCUCUGAAUCUCUCCUUUUGUGGAUUCUUGUGAUUUUUUCCGAGUGUUUCAGUUGUAUGACAGUCAGUACUGACAAUAAAAUGGCUCUUCAUUAUUUGUUAUUUGUUGAUACUGUAUCCCUCCGUUGUUGAUAUUAUGGUUCUGGUUCACUAUCGGAAAUCAUCUUUUAUUACAUUACCAGUUAGUUAAAUCAAUGCUUUGACCGACUCUUACCUAUCAGGUUUAGAAGUGACUUCAAAGGACCCUUUAGUAUUCUUUUCAGGCUGACAGUUUUGCUCUCACACGAUCUUCCUCCUACCUACCCCCCGACCUCCCCUUUUUUUAAGGCCUUGGUUUUGUUUGGACUACCUUCGUAAAUCAUUUUAAAA